AUGGGUACAAAUCUGAAUUUGAGCACUUCUAACCACCCCCAGACAGAUGGACAAACAGAAAGGACUAUUCAAACCAUUGAAGAUAUGCUGAGGGCAUGUAUAUUGGAAAUUGGUGGAAGUUGGAAAGAUAACUUACCUUUGACAGAAUUCGCGUAUAUCAACAGUUAUCAUGCGAGCAUCGGUAUGGCCCCAUAUGAAGCCUUGUAUGGGAGGAAAUGCCGAUCGCUGUUGUGUUGGUCUGAAGUUGGCGAGAAGGGAAUUCUUGGACCGGAGAUAAUUCAAGAAACCAUGGAGAAGGUUAAGAUGAUUCGAGAUAAGAUGAAACAAGCUCAAGAUCGACAGAAGAGUUAUAUGGACAAACGAAGGAGACCGUUGGAGUUUGAUGUGGGAGAUCAUGUGUUCUUGAAGUUGCGGAAAUUUGUGCCGGAUUCAUUUCAUCCUAUCCUACCAGAUGCGAUUGAAGUAGAGCCAGAUCUUUCUUUCCAACCGAAACCUUGUCGUAUCUUGGAGUAUGCUAGCAAGUCGUUGAGAAGCAAAGAGAUACCUCUUGUGAAGGUGUUGUGGGAAGAGUCGCGUCCCGACGAAGCAACUUGGGAGCUCGAAUCAGAGAUGCGGGAGUUGUAUCCUCACUUAUUCUGGACAAACGGGAAGAUGGCUGAACAACGCAGAGGUCCCGGAAGGCCCAGAACAAGGAAUGUGGAGACUGAGCCUGAAACUGAGAAUGCAGGUGUGCCUUGGGUGCAGAUAAUGCAACAGCUGCAACAGCAGAAUCAAAUGAUGAUGCAAAUGAUGCAAGGCAUGCAAGGGCAACAACCAACCGCUCCUGUUCCUACUCCUCAGGCUGCAGCAGGGCCUGACUUUCGUGCUUUCUUUCGGAUGGAUCCACCAGAGUUCUUGGGUGGCUUAGAUCCCGUGAUUGCUCAUGAUUGGUUGUAUGGCAUGGAAAUGAUAUUCCAGGCUAUUCAGUGCACAGAGGAAGAGAAGGUGAUCUUUGCUGCUCAGAAAAUGAAUGGACCAGCAGGUAGAUGGUGGAAUACGGAGUCUACGUAUUUCACUAACCGAGGGAUUCCAAAGGAUUGGCAACAUUUCAAGACAGCUUUCUUGGAGAAGUACUACCCCAACAGUGUGCGUGCUUUGAAGGAGCAUGAGUUUCAGUCCUUCAAACAAGGCAACAUGUCGGUGUCUGAAUAUGCUGAGAAGUUUGAGGACAUGGCUGCCUACUCCAGACAAGCAGCUUAUGCACCAGAUGAUGUGUCUCAAAGGGAGUUUACCACCUAUGCUGAGUGUUUAAGGCAAUGCUAUGUUGCCGAGAACACAUUGAAGAGGGUCCAAGAGGAAAGAGAGCAUAACAGGCCGAUUCGUAGGGAUCACGGAAGGUCGGGGCAGCAUUUGAAACCCCGUACUCCUCCAGCGGCGAAGAAACAGACCCAUGGUGGUAGCUUAACUCAACCUCCUUGGUGUGGCAAGUGCAACAAGAAGCAUCAUGGGAAUUGUAGACCGAAUUUUGGAAAUUGUUACAGGUGCCAUCAACCAGGGCAUUAUGCGAGGGAUUGUACUGCCCCAGAUGUUCCUGAGAAGACUAAAGGUCGUGUUUACACCUUGGACGCUAGGAAGGCCCAAGGAAACACUAAUCUAGUUACCGGUACGUGUUAUGUUAAUGAUCAGCCCUUGUUUGUGCUAGUUGAUUGUGGAGCAACACAUUCUUUUAUUUCUUACCCUUGUGUUCGGAGGCUUGGUUUUGAGACGAGUCUUCUUCCUAAUCCUAUGAUUAUCUCAUCGGCUACGGACGAUGUAGUAGAUGCUCGAGAAGUUUGCAAGGAGUGUUAUAUUACCUUCAACGGUCGUAGAUUCGUGAUUGAUCUCGUUUGUCUACCUCUUAAGAAGAUCGAUGUAGUACUUGGUAUGGACUGGUUGUCAGCUAACUCGGUGUACAUCGGUUGUAAAGAGAAGGCUAUCUUCAUUCCUGCUGAGGAGACUACAUCAACCGAUGCCAUUGAACAUCUUCUUGAAGGUACGAUUAACGUAGUCAACUACCUUUUUGCUCAAGAGAAGUCUUUCCUUUUGGUUCUUACGUCGGACUCCAAGGACAAGAAGAGUGUAUUGGAGAUUCCGGUUGUGUGUGAAUUUUCUGAUGUAUUUCCUGAGGAUGUUACUUCUCUUCCGCCGGAAAGGGAAGUUGAAUUUUUUAUUGAUCUUGUUCCGGGUACCGCUCCAAUUUCUAUUGCCCCUUAUCGAAUGUCUCCUGUAGAGCUAAGGGAGUUGAAGAGUCAGCUAGAAGAGACGAGAUACGGUCAUUAUGAGUUCUUGGUUAUGCCAUUCGGGGUAACCAAUGCUCCUGCUGUCUUUAUGGAUUACAUGAACCGGGUGUUUCAACCAUAUUUGGAUCAGUUCGUGGUAAUCUUUAUAGACGACAUAUUGAUAUACUCACGGACUAUCGAAGAGCACAUGGAGCAUUUGAGGAUUGUGUUGUCGGUUCUCAGAGAAAAGCACUUGUUUGCGAAUUUUAGCAAGUGUGAGUUCUGGAUGUCUGAAGUCAAGUUUCUUGGACAUGUCAUAUCUGGCGGCGGCGUAGCUGUAGACCCUUCAAAGGUAGAAGCAGUAAUAAAUUGGGAACGACCCAAGAAUGCAACUGAGGUCCGUAGUUUCCUAGGCUUGGCAGGUUACUAUCGGAGGUUCAUCAUGGGGUUUUGCAAGCUAGCAUUACCUUUGACCAGGCUUACAAGGAAGGAGGUUUCGUUUAGAUGGAAUUCAGAAUGUGAGAAGAGUUUUCAAAAACUCAAGGAGAAAAUGACUACCGCUCCAGUGUUGGUGAUCCCAGAUCCAAACCGAUCUUAUGAAGUGUUCUGUGAUGCUUCUAAGAAAGGCUUGGGUGGAGUGUUGAUGCAAGAUGGAUAG